CAAGUGUCCAUUAUAAUUUGAAGGUUAUAAAAUAAUAUAGUUUUAGUUAAUGUCAAGUUUCAGAUCUCUCACAAGUCAAGUAACAGCUCGGAAGUCAAAAUUACUAAACAGGAAGGCAGCAUCAUAAUAUUAGACUAUUAUCAAUUUACAGUAUUUGAUGAGUGAUAAGGGAAAAAUUAUUCUAGGUUAUUGACUGAGUUUAUGGCGUAUCUUAUGAGUCACCAUGAGAACAUUGCUUGAGCAAUUAAUGCAACAUAUUAUAUUUUGAUAAAAGUUAUUUACAGUGAUGGAUAUACUUGCAGCUGGAGCUGUCUUUGAUCACAGUACUUUGUUCGAGCAACUUAGGAAAGUUUUAUUAAAAUUUAAUACGAAACAAUCCUCUCAACUGGCUUGAAUAAGAGAAACUAUUGUCUCAUUAGUUUAGUAGGCGUCAGUGCAUUAAUUGUACUUUGAGUAAACAUCUAUAAAAAAGUAAGUUUAUUGUGACGUAAUGUGGUGAUAUGGCUUUGUAAAAUUCUUAUUAGUUCUGAAUGACAAUGGCAAUAAAAGAAAGAAUGAAUCACUCAAAUUUAGAUUAUUCAGACACUCAGCCUCUGGUACGAGAUGAAGAGUACCCCGAGGAUUUUGAUGAUGCAAGCAAUAUAGAAAAUCAUCGUCAUUCUGUGAGUAAAUCACAAAUGACCGAAUCAAUUGUUAUUGGAAGUCUAAAUAUAAUUGAUUCAAAAUUUGAGAGUCUCGACUACGAAACAUGUGAAAACUCUUUGGAAAUAAAUGAACAAACUUCAAAAGGAUAUAAACUAGUGGUGAAGAAAAGUCUGGCAAGAUGGUUCAUAUUCUUGGCGAUUGGAGUGCUCACAGCUUUCGUUGGUAUCUUCAUAGACAUUUCGAUAGAAGAACUAUCAAAUUUGAAGUACUCAAUCAUCAAGAGAUAUAUGGAUGAUUGCAGUGCGAAUAGUUGCUUAUACAUUCCGUUUUUUAUUUGGACUGGAAUCAAUGUUAUAACUGUGAUAAUAGGUUCUCUGCUCGUUACUUAUGUUGAGCCAAUCGCUUUAGGAAGUGGAAUACCUCAGGUGAAAUGUUACCUGAAUGGUGUAAAAAUGCCUCGAAUCGUUCGUAUCAAGACACUGAUUGUGAAGACCAUCGGUGUUAUCUCGUCAGUUGUUGGUGGAUUAGCUGGUGGCAAGGAAGGGCCGAUGAUCCACUCAGGAGCAGUGGUGGCGGCUGGCAUAUCGCAGGGAAAGAGCACCACACUGAAGCGGGACUUUGGAGUUUUCAGCUAUUUCCGGGAGGAUCACGAGAAGCGUGAUUUCGUGUCGGGUGGCGCCGCAGCUGGGGUGGCGGCCGCCUUUGGAGCUCCUGUUGGUGGUGUAUUGUUCAGCUUGGAAGAAGGUGCUAGCUUUUGGAACCAGAGCUUAACGUGGAGGAUAUUCUUUGCUUCCAUAGUCUCAACAUUCACUCUGAACAUUGUUUUGAGUGCCUACCAUGGCCAUCCAGGGGAGCUGACUUAUUCCGGUCUGUUAAACUUUGGAAAAUUUGAUAGCCUGAACUAUGAGCUGUUCGAACUCGUGCUUUUCGUUCUGAUGGGAGCCAUUGGUGGACUACUGGGCUCUCUCUUCAACUACUGCAACUACAAACUAACUGUAUUCCGUAUGAGGUACAUAAGGGCGAAAUGGAUGAAAGUGACCGAGGCAGUGACAGUGGCCGCUUUCAGCGCAUCGAUCGCCAUGCUGAUGAUCUACUACUUGGAUGAAUGCAACCCACUGGGCCAGGACCCGACCAAAUACCCGCUGCAGAUGUAUUGUGCUGACGGCGAGUACAACACCAUCAGUGCCUUAUGGAUGCAGGUGCCCGAGGCUAGUGUACGCUCGCUCUUCCAUGAUCCCGAGGGUUCUCAGAACAUGCAAACGUUGUUCCUAUUCGUGCUAGUCUACUAUCUGCUCUCGAUAUGGACUUAUGGCUUGUCAGUAUCGGCUGGUCUCUUCAUUCCAUGCCUACUCACCGGUGCAGCUUGGGGUCGAUUGUUCGGUAUUGGCCUUGAAACCCUCUUCCCUGAUGCGGCAUGGGUAACACCAGGCAAGUACGCAUUGGUAGGAGCAGCGGCUCAUCUAGGUGGUGUAGUGCGCAUGACCAUCAGUCUCACUGUCAUCAUGAUUGAAGCCACUGGCAACAUAUCGUUUGGCCUGCCUCUCAUGGUCACGCUUAUCACUGCCAAGUGGGUCGGCGACUUCUUCAAUGAGGGUCUCUACGACAUCCACAUCCAGCUGAGCGGAGUUCCCCUCCUGGCCUGGGAGCCCCCUCCCCUCUCGUCGAAUGUGCGCGCGCAUGCGUUCAUGAGCUACCCGGUUUACACGCUCAAGCCAAUCGAAACGGUCGGCCAUAUUGUCGACCUACUGAAAAACACCACUUUCAACGGGUUCCCGGUCACUGAUACCGAGCAUAAGAUCGAACCUAAGAAUGGCAAUGCAGUUCGAGGUCAGUCGUUUGGCCGUCUGCGAGGACUGAUCUUGCGGUCUCAGCUGAUUGUGCUGCUGCAAAACUUGUCCAUGUUCGAGGGAGAUGUCUUGUCUUCCGAUCUCACGCCUCACUUGUUCCGCAACGAAUAUCCUCGGUAUCCUACUAUAGAGGAAGUACAUGUCCCUGCGGAGAAGAGUGGUUGCCGCAUAGAUCUUCGUCCUUUCAUGAGUCAGUCCCCAUACACUGUUUCUCUGGUUGCUUCCUUACCUAGAAUAUUUAGAUUAUUCCGUGCCUUGGGACUGAGGCAUUUGAUUGUCGUCAACGAUUACAAUGAGGUCGUUGGAAUGGUAACCAGAAAAGACUUGGCUCGCUAUCGAGUUUGGAAACACAGGGGCCAUAUGGGAGUAGAAGAACUGAGAGUCCUAGAGAAAGUCCAAUGCUGAAGACAAUACUAUUUUAAUUGAAAAACAUAAUCAAUCAAAGAUCUGUGAUAAUUAGUGUGUGCCUUUGUGUGGGUGAUUAGCCAAAGAAUGGAAGAAUGAAAAAUUACUCAAUUUUGCAUUUUUAAAUAUGAUCGAAAUUAGAUUAUUAGUUGGUAUUUCAUGUGUGAAGCAUGCAAGUAUAAUCUUGUAUUAACAGAUCUGAAAAAUUCUAUUCAUGUAUACUUUAUAUUAUACUAUUAUUUUAUAUUAUUGGUAUUCAUCGCAUUUAUAUUUUAAUUCAUUAAUCAAAUUUCGUAUCCUUGCCUCAAUGAUGUAGGAAGGUGGAAUUUUUCAAGGUUUGAAACUAAAGUCAAUAAGUUGAAUAUUAUUCUCGUACGUAUCAAAAUAAGAAAUAAUUUCAUUUUUAAACUAAACCUUAUCACAUGUUAUUUUCUCAUUCCAUUAUUUUAUUUGUAUUUAUUAUUCUCCUUUGUACAGCUCUAGUUUUAUAUAAGUUGAAUGAGUUCUAUUAUUAUAAAAAAGUAUUUUUAUUUGAA